AUGGCAUCCAGCGACAGCAGCGACAAGCGUACCGCGGUGAGCACCACGGCCGCGCCCCCUCCCCUCCCCCAGUUCUCCCAGGGCAUCAACUACAACGGCCUCCUCUUCUGCAGCGGCUCCGUCGGCAUGGACCCGGAGACCAAGACCCUCGUUGAGGGCAGCAUCAAGGACCGCGCGCGCCAGUGCCUGCGCAACCUGUCGGCCGUGCUCGAGGCGGGAGGCAGCGGAAUCGACCGCGUGCUCAAGGUCAACAUCUACCUGACGGACAUGGCCAACUUUGCCGCCACCAACGAGGCGUACGACGAGUUCUUCACGCAGGAGCCCAAGCCGGCACGUACCUGCGUUGCCGUGCACCAGCUGCCGUUGGGCACGGACAUUGAGAUUGAGGCGGUUGGAGUCGCGGACAAGGAUGUCAAGUCAAAGAUCUGA